AUGAAUCACAAGAAUGUCACCCAGGUCUCCGAAUUCCUCAUCCGUGGUUUCACAUCCCAACCAGAACUCCAGAAGAUCCUUUUCCCAUUCUUCCUCUUCGUGUACCUGCUCACCCUCCUGGGGAAUGUAACCAUCAUCUUCGUGAUCCGCUCGGAUGCGCAGCUCCUCCAGACCCCCAUGUACUUCCUCCUCAGCUUCCUCGCAGUAUGCGACUUGGGUUUCUGCAGCAACAUCAUCCCCAAGGCACUCGUGAACUUGGUCUCUCAGAAGAAGACCAUCUCCUACCAUGGCUGCCUGACCCAGAUAUUUUUCGCUAUCUUUAUUGGCAAUGCAGACAGCUACAUCCUGGCUUCCAUGGCCUAUGACCGCUUUGUGGCCAUCUGCCGCCCACUGUACUAUUCGGCCAUGAUGAGCCGCAAGCGUUGCCUCCAACUGGCCGCAGUGUCCUGGGCGAUCCCCUUCUUCCACUCGGUGCUUUACACUGUUAUGAUGUCCCAAGUCGAGUUCUGUAACCCGGGGGAGAUUCCUCAGUUUUUCUGUGACCUUUACCCUGUUCUGGAUGUUUCUUGCUCUGACUCGUCCAUCAUCGAUCUAGUAUUGAUGACCGAGGGGCUGGUGGAGAUCAUGGGGCCGUUUGUGCUCAUUCUCAUUUCGUACAUCUUCAUUUUCUACACCAUCUUGAAGAUUCCAUCGGCCGUGGCCAAGCGCAAGGCUUUCUCGACGUGCGGGUCCCACAUUUGUGUGGUGGUCAUGUACUUUGGUGGUAUCAGCUUUGUUUAUUUCAAUCCAAACGCCAAACACCCAGAGCACAAGGACACAGUGGCGGCUAUUAUGUAUACCCUGGUAACCCCCAUGUUGAAUCCCUUCAUCUACACCCUCCGGAACAAUGAGAUGAAGGCAGCCAUGAAGAGGGUCUACAGGAAGUAUUUUCAUUCAUCUUGA